GUGCAGCAAACGACGCUUACUUCGCAUGUGCCUGGACUUAAAGGAAGUUCGUCGGCUGCGGUCAAAUCGUCCGUCUGCACCCAGAAUGCUUGCUUCGAGAAUCUUCCGUGGAGAGUGAUCCCGCUUGUGGUUGUUCCAGCGUCAGGAAAACGAAUAGCUGUGCCGCGUGACGUUCGGUGAAGAGAUGUACUUAAGGUACCGUUUCGAAAGUGAACACUUCGAUGUUAACGGUUGAGUGCAGGCGUAGAAACUUAAGGGACUUCGAGAAGUGUGUUUGUUGUCUGUGGUGCUCGUCAAACAUGUGAAGUGCUAGGGACCGGAGAACAGAACCGACAGCACCUAGUCUUCGUGGCAAUAUAUAUCUCCAUCGUGGUGUUUCUCUGAGGAUUUGAACACCGGUACUACUUUUUUUUUUCUUCUGUGUCGCCGUUCUUCAAACAGUCAUCGAUUCUUCUCAUUUAAGCCGAUGGGCGUCUGCCAUGAUGGUCACUGAAGGAGAGCCCAUCGCCAAGCAGCCUCGCCCCGGCGAGUGGCUGUGCUCGAUGGCGGCCGUGGCCGCGUCGGCCGCCGCAGCCGUGGACCUGCGCAACCGCGAGCCGCUCUUCCCGACGCGCAAGCAGCGCGAGUUCAUACCGGACAACAAGAAGGACGACACCUACUGGGACCGCAGGAGACGCAACAACGAGGCGGCCAAGAGGUCGCGGGAGAAGAGGCGCCUCAACGACAUGGUCCUCGAGACGAGAGUCCUCGAGCUGGCCAAGGAGAACGCCGUGCUACGGGCCGAGCUGGCUGCGCUUAGGGACAAAUUCGGCAUUCGCGGUUCGCUCGUGGUCGAGCAGCAACAGGCGCCCCAACAUCCGCCCGAAAUAGCGGUUCCGGUUCCGGUUCCGGCCGCCGCGGCGGCCGCGGGCCUCACUGAUCUACGAGGCCGACGGAACAAGCUGCUCUCCGCGCUACUUCCGGCACUGGUGCCGCAGUCGCCGACUUCGGCGGGACCUCCGCAGCCUCUGGCAACCUCUCCGUCGCCUUACACGGCCGCGUCCUUGGCACAGCAAGCGCAACAAGCUCAACAGCAGCAGCAGCAACAGCAACAGCAGCAGCAGUUGCAGCCACACCAGGCUCACCUAUUGGCGCAGAGUCCGAACCACCUGCACAGCCAUCACCACCAGCAGCUCAGCCAGCAAUUGAACGGCCAACAGCACCAGCCGGCGCUACUGUGCGCCGCGCCGCCGCCGGCAUUGGAAGACCACAGGACGGCAGCGACGGACCAGGAGUCGUCGCCUCUGUCUUCGGGUUCGUGGUCCUCAGCGGAAGACAGUCCACCGGCUCACCACUUCUGCCUACCGCACAAGCUGAGGCACAAGUGGCACAUCAGCGGCUCGGAGGGCGGCGUGGCGCCGCCCAACGGCGCCGCGGUCGUCAUCACCGCCGCCGCCAUGGUGUCCGGAAACGGCAACGCCGGUAGCAACGGCAGCGGAGGCGGCUCCUCGUCUCCCGAGCUGCGGUCCUCCUCGUCGUCCUUCCACGGCCGAGAGGACACCGCCUCGUCGGACGGUGACAGCGGCGCGUCCAGUACGGACGCCCCCUCGCCGCGCAGGGACGACUCCUCGUCGCGCAAGAGCCGCAAUGGCACGUCCUCGGGCCAUCAUCACCACCACCACAGGUCGGCACACUCGCGGUUAGACCUGCAGACGGAGAACUUCCAACUGCGCUCCGAGAUGCAGCGGCUCGCCGCCGAGGUUGCCAACCUGCGAGACAUGAUGAUGAGCGGCGGGCCCUCGCCACACAACGGAGCGCCGCCCCCGCCUCAUCUGCACCCGCUGCAGGCGGGGGCCAACGCAAACGGCUCGGCGGCCGAACUCCACGGUCCCGACCACCCGCCGCACCUACAACCGCCGCCGCACCUCCAGCACCUGCAGUCAAUGGCCCAGGGGGCGCCACCGCCGCCGCUCGUGCACCAUCACCACAGGCACAACGGAACCAACGGACGCGUCUCAACGGACGAGAACGGCUCGGCCAACGGCGCGUCGACGCCGACCAUGAACGGCGGCGGCUCCAGCCGCGAGGACAACCCCAGCCACUGACGGAACGGACCAUUCCGUCCUCGCGAAGAUGAAGAAAAGCCAAGGUGCUCUCUCUUAUCUCCACCGCCCUGUUCAUUUCCCAUCGCGCGCCGCCGUCUCGUGAA